GACACGCAGACACACAGACACACGCGCACACAUCUCCAGCAGGCCUGAGGAGGGGCUGCCUGAGCCCAGGAUGAUGUUGCCAAGUGGCCUUGGUGGUGACAGACGACAGCCCGGGGCUGUGGAAGAGUCUCCGCCUUCUUUCAGGUUCUCCAUCUUCCCUCAAGUUUGCCCAAGCACUCUUGCCUGGAGGAAACACAGAGUCCCAGGUGGGCGGGACUUUGUUCUAACCACUGAGUAGGUGUGCUGGGAGCCUGACAGGUGGCUGUUCCCAGCAGAAGGAUGUGUCUGAUCCCUUGGUGGGCCAAGGAGGGCCAGUCUCUGGAAGCCAGAGUCAGGGGCUGCCGGCGUUGCUCGGGUUGUGCCUCCCCUGUGAGAUACUGGAAGAGAAGGCCCAAGUGCAUGGGGCUGGCCAAGGUCCAUUAGGUUCAAGCCCACAUUUCCGUUGGAUAGAGCAGCUGGCCAGGCCGGGGCCAGGCUAAGAACUGUCCCAUGCAAUAAGCAGCUGGAACUGUCCUGCAAAACCUCCGGUAAGAGCUUGCUCUGGUCCAGACUGCCACCCUGCAGGCCAGACUUCAGAAGAAAAGUCAGGGCUUCACUUGGAGUGUGUGGAUGUGGUUAAGGAGCAGAGAAGUCAUCUUCCACGUCAAACAGCUUUGCUGAUUGUAAGCCUCCAUCACUUUGCUGGGAGUAAAACUGUCAACUCCAUCCUUAUCUGUGUGCAGAACAUGCCGAGGUAAUGGCCUCCGAGGGCUGCUAGGCCUUCCAGUGGCUCCGCCCUUGCCUCUUCAUAGGGCCUUUCUUCACUGUGACAUGAAUUAACAGAUCCAUUUCCCACCUGGCUCACGCUUCGCCCCUGACUAGAUCUCCUGCCCUUGAAGACGAAGUGUGGCAUUCUUCUCUCUGCCCCAUCUUUGCUUCUGGGUAAUGAAGGUUGUCUUGAUCCUUGCGGCCCUCCUCUUGCCCACGCUGACCCACAGCAGCUUCUGGCAGUUCGGAAGAAUGAUCAAGCUCAUGACCGGGAAGAGCGCCUUCUUCUCUUACUAUGGUUAUGGCUGUUACUGUGGCCUGGGGGGCAGAGGAAACGCGGUAGAUGACACAGACAGGUGCUGCCAGGACCAUGAUUGCUGCUACGCUGAGCUGAAGACCUGCUGUGGCUGUCAGCCCAUGUUUAGCACCUACCAGUUCCACAUUGUCAACGGAAGUGUCAUCUGCUAUGGUGGCAGCAGCAGUGGGAGCCGCUGCGGGUCACUGACCUGUGAGUGUGACAAGAGAUCUGUUCACUGCUUCAAAGAGAGCCUUCCCACCUAUAAGAAGAAUUAUCAGUUCUAUAGUCAGUCCCGGUGUGGUAUGAACAAGGUCACAUGCUGAGCAAGAGGCCAGCGCAUAGUGCUUCCCCCCAACAACAGAUGAGAGACUUCACCUUCUCUUAAAACCGCACAAGACCCACCCUCCAGGAAAACUUCCCAGAUGAAGCUCAGCACACUCAGCCAUGGCCCCACAGAUUGUUAGAGCUUUGAACUUAGACAUAGAAUGUCAGAGCUAAAAAGGACCUUAGACUAUAGAAUUUCAGAUGUGGGAGGGACCUUAGAGCAUAGAAUAUGAAAAUAGAAAUGGCCCUUAGAACAUAGAAUGUCAGAGCUAAAAAGGACCUUAUUGCUCAUCCCAUGUUCCAUGAGGAUUUGUUUGAGGCACUCUGUGGUCCAGGGCCCAAUUGUAAACAUAGGUCAGGAGUACCCACUCGUGUGUUUACUUUUGCCAGACAAACAGAAGACACAUUGGUACAAAGCAAAAAGCAUUGCAACAAAGAGUAUUGCAAAUCAAGUAAAAAGAAAACAUCCUCAAAGCACACAUAGGUACACUCUUCUCACCUACAAGUUACCCACAGUACUAAUAGAGUGGGUGAAAGGCAGAGAACACACAUGACCAGGGAAUACACAUGGAAGGCAUACUCAUGAGGACACACAGCCAGGAUGAUUCACACCUGUAGCAUUGUAGAAUUGCUAAUGUCCACUGGU